AAAUCCGCGGCACGGACGGAGAGACGGCUGCACCGCCCCACACCCACCCUUUUCCGCGCCCGCGAAGAAAACGAAGGCAGUGGAACCCGAAGCGGAGGGGCCAGAAAGCGACCCGACCGUCUCUCCGCUCCCUCCCUCCCCCACACCACCCACCUGUGAUCUCCCGCGCGGGAGAUCCGCCCGCCCCAUGGCGCCGUCGCGCCCGCUCAUGCGGGGGAUCCGCCCGCCGCGCGUCUUCCCGACCCGCGGCGGCCGCGCCUCGCCGUACGCUGUCGCCCUCACGGCCCUGCUCCUCGUCUCCGCCGCCCUCCUCGCGCUCAUCGCCUUCGGCGUCUUCUCGCUCCCCGUGUCAGCGCCGAACGCCGCCGCCACCACCACAGCCGGAGGGGAGACCGAAUCCGCCGACACCCGCCCCGCGCGCCCCCGCGCCCGCCGGGACCUGGGGGAGGGGCUGGGAGAGCGCGGCGCGCAGUGGACCGAGGUCAUCUCGUGGGAGCCAAGGGCAUUCGUCUACCACAACUUCCUGUCUAAGGAAGAGUGUGAAUACCUAAUUGGAUUGGCCAAGCCUCACAUGGUAAAAUCAACAGUUGUCGACAGCACUACUGGUAAAAGCAAGGACAGCAGGGUCCGGACAAGUUCGGGCAUGUUUCUUCAAAGAGGAAGGGACAAGGUUAUUCGAGUAAUUGAAAAGAGGAUUGCAGACUAUACCUUCAUACCUGUAGAUCAUGGAGAGGGACUCCAAGUACUGCAUUAUGAAGUCGGGCAGAAGUAUGAGCCUCACUUUGAUUAUUUUCUUGAUGAGUUUAACACCAAGAAUGGUGGUCAGAGGAUGGCUACUCUUCUGAUGUAUCUAUCAGAUGUUGAAGAAGGGGGCGAGACUAUUUUCCCUGAUGCAAAUGUGAACGUCAGUUCUUUACCAUGGUACAAUGAGCUUUCAGAGUGUGCCAAGAGAGGCCUUUCUGUCAAACCAAAGAUGGGAGAUGCACUUCUUUUCUGGAGCAUGAAACCAGAUGCCACCCUGGACCCAUUAAGUUUGCAUGGGGGUUGUCCUGUGAUUAGAGGAAAUAAAUGGUCGUCAACCAAGUGGAUGCAUAUCCACGAGUACAAAGCUUGAGCCUUCAAGACUCGAGAGUCGAGCGUACCAAAGAUGGAUCUCUAUGCAUGUGACUUGGGGCUGUCUACUGGGUUGACACCCAUGUAUGCUUUACAGACCCACUGAAGCUGUAUUCUUUGCUCCUUUGUUGGAGGGGGGAGAAUUGCAGAUAAUAGGGGCCAAUAAGCAGGGGCCUUGCUCAUCCCUGCAGUAUUUUUGGGUCUGAUCCUUGCUGACUUGGCUUUUGUCUUUUCUUUUCUUUUUCUUACCUUGCCGUACCCCAGCUAUAGAGGAAUGGUGUAGUGUCUGGGGGCAUAGAGUUUGAGAUUUUGUUUUGUGCCACACCUGUGUUACUAGUAUAAGCUUUGGUACUAAUGAAUAACGAGGCCUAAGCUCACAUCUACUACAUGAAUGGUGUAAUAUUGUUGAAGAUAGAAAGCAUCUAAUGUUCGGUGGUUUUCGUUA